GGAAGCCCGAGGCACCAGGGAUCGAUGAACCAAGUUGCUGCCCGGCUUCCAUUUUGGUGCAUCUCUCUUCGCUUCUUGGGGUCUUUUUUAACUGUUGGUGUUCACGACUGAACCAACCAUGGGGAGGAAACUAGACCUUUCCAGUUUGACAGAUGAUGAAACAGAACAUGUUCUUCAGGUGGUUCAGCGAGAUUUCAAUCUUCGUAAGAAAGAAGAAGAACGACUAAGUGAGAUGAAGCAAAAGCUGGAUGAAGAAGGCAGCAAGUGUAGUAUCCUGUCCAAGCACCGUCAGUUCACGGAGCACUGUUGCAUGCGCUGCUGUGCCCCUUUCACCUUUCUCCUCAACACCAAGCGUCAGUGCUGUGACUGCAAGUACAACAUCUGCAAAAGCUGCAGUUCCUACCAGAAAAAGGAGAGGGUGUGGCUCUGCUGUGUCUGCCAGCAAACCAGACUCCUAAGGACGCAGUCCCUAGAAUGGUACUACAAUAACGUGAAAAGCCGCUUCAAACGUUUUGGCAGUGCCAAGGUCCUGAAGAACUUGUACAAAAAGCACAGGCUGGAGAGUGGAGCUUGCUUUGACAUAAUAGAAGGAAACUUUUUGGAGCCAAGCCUGGAGAAUGAAGGAAGCAUUAGUGGCAGUGAUUCUACAUUCUACAGGCAGUCUGAAGGACAUAGCAUGAUGGACACCCUGGCUGUAGCCUUACGUGUUGCUGAAGAGGCUGUGGAAGAGGCCAUUUGCAAGGCAGAAGCAUCUGGUGAUAGUCUGGACAAGCAGAAUGAAGCUAGUUAUCUACGUGAACACAAGGAGGAGUUGAUAGAAGAGCUUGCCACCACCAUAGUGCAGAAGAUCAUAAGGAAGCAAAAAGGCGAAGGGGAACAGACAGAGAAGGACUCUGAUUGGCCACAGCCCAGCAGUACUAGGAAAGUGAGCAGUCAGAGGAUGCCAGCUUUUCCAGGGGACCAACAGGCAUCCUGCACACUCUUGCAGAGGUCCCAGUCUGCAUUCUCCCUAACUGGUGAAGAGGCUCCAAGCAAAGAGUCGAAGGUGUCAGCACCCCUGGAGACCCUGUGGGCAGAGCAGAGGGUCCCGCAGAAACCAAAGGAACAAGAACAUGCUGCCUUACCCAGCUGGAAGAGCAUGGACAGACUGGAUGAGACAAAUCCAGACCCUGUUUUGCAAAGUUCUGAUGGGAACUGGGUAGCGCUGAAGAAUAAGCCGUGUCCUCAUCCCCGCCUUCUGGCCAAACCAAAGAGCCAGGCAUUCCAGGCUCUGGAGAAGGAGUCCAGUGUGGUAUCUGCCUAUGAUGAGAUGGGCUCAGAUAGUGAGGAUGAUUUUGAUUGGAAUAUAAGCCUGAACAAGCUUCAUCAGAGACCCCAGAGCCUAUCAGAAAAUUCCUAUUCCACAGACUCCCAGCAUCACACCGAGUGGGCUUAUGGUCACGACCAGUGUCCCCGGGGAACCUCUCCCUCCUCUGGACUUUACACUAACCCUGAGACCAUGUGCUCCGACUCAGAGACUUCUUCAGUGAGCUCAUCCCGGGAAGUUCAAGGACCAGCCAAGCGACCUUGGCUACAGAGAAAUACCCCUAGCUACCACUCACUAGAAAAAGCACACUCACAAGGAGGGCUGGAUGUGAAUUUCAACCCCCAGGCUGCUGACACGCAGGAUUCAGACAGCAGUGAUGCUGAGGACAGUCACCAUACAGCUGACAAGAGGUCCAGGAGGUGGAGGAGGAGUAAGCUAGCCUCAGCUGAGCUGGAUGAACAAAAGCCCCCCACCCAAAGCCAUGAGAAAGAUUCGGGCUCUAAUCAGGUUUUUGAUGAUCUGUCAGAGACUGAUAUCAGCAGUGAAGAUCACCGUCAUAAAAGCAGAACAAAUGCCACAGAGGAGAAACUGAAAUCCAGGUUGUUUGAAUUAGCUGCUAAAAUGAGCGAGAAGGAAACAUCUUCAGGUGAAGAACAGGAGUCAGAGGCCAGGACAGAAUCUGACCAUCAGAAAGAAAGUCUGUCCUCAGAAGACAAUGGCCAGUGCAUUCAAGAGGAACUGAAGAAGAAGUACUCGGCUGUGUCCCUCUGCAAUAUCUCUACAGAAGUCCUCAAAGUCAUCAACGCCACAGAAGAGUUGAUAGCAGAAUCAACUGGUCCCUGGGAUUUCCCAGCAGAUCCUCCUGAGAGAGAGAAGGGGGCGUUUCCUCUCGGGACAGACCACGUGAGACUCGAUGAGCAGCUCACUUCACUGGAAGAAAAUGUGUACCUGACCGCAGGCACCGUCUAUGGGUUAGAGGGUCAGCUGAAUGAACUGGAGGAUGCUGCCCGAAGAAUCAGCAGCACCACGGGGGAGUCGGAGCUUGCCGAGCUAGAAGACCAAGUAGCCACAGCAGCAGCCCAGGUGCACCAUGCAGAGCUGCAGAUGUGGAAACUGAGGCACAGGGAGAGAGAGAUUGACUUGCCCAAGGCCACAGGAGUGAUUUCAGAUAUUGAGAGCAGAAUUGCAGCCCUGACAUUGGCAGGGUUGAACGUUGCUCCGUGCGUCCGUCUGAUGAGAAAACGGGAUCAAAAGCAAAUGAACCAGGUACAGACCAUUGACACAUCGAGACAGCAGAGGAGAAAACUUCCAGCCCCACCAGUGAAAAAUGAGAAAAUGGAGGCUGCUUCACUCACUUCUGUUAAAACAUUUAACCGGAAUUUCAUACUCCAAGGGUCUAUGAUGCAAAGGACUAAAGAAAGAAAAAGUACUGCCAAGGACUUGAUGGAACCAACUGUAGGAUCCGCCAUAAUGUUUUAGUGGUACUCAACUCCACUGCCAAUCACACACUGCCUCCAGCUGUAUACACCAGUGCCUUUCUUGAACAGCCAUUGUAUACAGUAUGUCCCAUAGAAAAUAGGCCCUGGCGGAGCAUUGCUUCCUCUGGGAGCAGGGCUUUCUUUUCGUCUUGGAUACCUCACUGAGAAAGCUGUCCAAGGCUUCAGCAUUCUGGUCUGCUAGUGGGAACAUUGCCUUAUGUUCCCUUGAGACUCCAGGAAAGAUACUGAGUUUCCAAAGCAAAGCUCUUUGUUUUACAAAUGGCAUUUUUUUUUCCCUGUCAAUCAAUUGUGCUAAAGAAUGUCGUCUUUUAAGAUAAUAUAUGUGGCUUUAUUAUUUUUUUUGGUAGCCCUGAUUCCACCAGAUGUCUAUCAAAAUUCCAUCUGGCAAAAAAAGUAAAUGGCCAUCCUACUGGCCCCUUAGUGCUCACAAAGACCUCCCUGACUUAUGCAUGCUAAGGAAAACGGACCUGGUAGUGAAUGCUACUUUCACUGAUAUUGGGAGUGGUAGGGGUGCAGUUUUCGUUCUUAAAAACAAAAGGAAAAAAGCUACUAAUGAGCAGAGGCAUCUGUUUAUCUCUUCUCCAUCUGCCAGGCUUCUGGCUCAUGGCUCUUACAAUUAUUUUUAUUAAUUUGCCGUCACAAACCAUGAUGUCGUGUUCUACCAGGAUGGUCCCUGAUGAAAUGAAUAUGGCACAGCUGAACAAAGACAUGCAUUUGCUCUUUAUCGCCAUCUCAGGAACUAUCAUGAGAUCUGAGCAAGUCACUGGUACCUCGACACCUUCAGCAACAAUUGGGGAUUCAUUUAUUGAAUAGGCGCCCAUGGACCUCCUUAGGACUUAGACUUUCCCAACACCAGAGGAGAGAAGUGCUAUGGGAAACACAGCCCAUAACUCACCUUCUGAGCAUUAUCCAAAGUCAAGGUUGUGCAAUUUAGUUAGCCCGCACAUUCACAUUAUGCUACAUAGCUUCCAAAGUGCUUUCCCUCCCUGUGAGAGGUAAGCAGUGAAGAUACUAGUAUCUUCAUUAUACAGAUAAAGUCACCAAGGCAGAAGUAAGACUCUAACCUAGUUUUCUCAUUCUCAAAUCCAGCACUGUCUCUCUACUAGGUAAAGGUCUAUUGGGUAGGAUUCUAAUAGAAUGCAAAAGAUAAGUUGAAUGCAAAAUUACUUACUGAAAGCCAAUUGGAAAAUAAUUUUUUUUAGGUCUCAAAGUAUCAAAUUGUUUCAAAGGAAAUGCUAAGUACCUUUUAUUUUUUCAAAAAAAAUUACCAUAAGCAGAGUAACUCCAAAUUGUAAGUGUAGCAUCAAUAAACUAUUAUGUUACUCUGGGCAUGUGUGGACAGCAGGAACACAUACUAAAUAUGUGUCAACUUGAAGUCUGUUCACAAAAACAAACAAACCUAAAAACUUCAUUCAGUAAAGUGGGUCAUGUUUAUUCAUAAGUUAUUAAGGGAGAAUCUAAUUAGGAGGGUUGGAUUAAUUGGGAUAACUAAAGAAAAUCUCCCUUUGCACCAUUUUUAACCUCUAGAUGGUUGAUUUGUCUGUUACACACAUUCCCCAAUCUUGAGAGCUGAAGGUAUGAGUCAUGAGCUGACCCUGACGGUGGUUUGCGUAUUUGUCUAAUUAUAAUAUUUACUAAUGCCGUAUAUGUGUUAUCUAACCUAAAAGACUCAUUUGAAUAGAGUAAAUCUUUGGCUUUUGUUCCACUCGUGUGAUUUAAAACAAAAUGGAGAAGAAAGAAGCCCACAAUCCAAAAAAGCUCUGAGUUCAGAAUAGAAUGUUUUCCAUAAAGAGGCAUGAGAAGAAGCUACUGUUGUGUUAGUGUUAAAAAAUAUUCCGUCUUCUUUGACAAAACUGUGUCCUGUGUAAAGCAUUGCAAAAAAAAAAAAAAAAAUCCUGCUCUCUGGCAUUUGAAUUUUUACAAAGGUUUCCUUGUGCCAAAUCUGUGUGAAGAUUUAAUUUUACCAUUCAGAAAAAUCACAAAAGCAUAUGUUCUAUCAACACGGAGGAUUAUUUUAUCAUCAAGUGAUUUCAAUCUUUAGUGUUAAUAUUUAUAUUUAGAUUAAUUUUUAUAAAUGAAAAUAUUUUAAUGGUUUAAGAAAAUUAAGAUGCUUUAAUGAUUUCUUUAAUGAAGUCUGAGUACAAGUUAAGCUUGCCUUCAUGUUAUCUGCAUCUUUGCCAAGAAUUGCUGUUGGGAGAAGUGAUAACAAAGUAAAAGUCAUUUAUGAAAAAUUA